AUGGCACCCAUCGACCCUCAGAACAUCAGAAAGACAAUCGGGCGCUUUCGAGUUCUGAUCGUAGGAAGAGCGAACGCAGGCAAGACAACCAUCCUUCAGAAGGUCUGUAACACCACGGAUGAGCCAGAGAUUUACAAUGCCCAAGGAAAGGAGAUCGAUGUUGCCGUCGUGGAAGGCUCGAGAAUACGUGGGAACCACGACAUCACUAACGAGAUGGUGUUCAAAAGCAAUCCCGGUUUCAUCUUUCACGAUUCGUGCGGUUUCGAAGCGGGCUCUGAAGCCGAAUUCGAGGAUAUGAAGAAAUUUAUUGUAGAACGCGUAAAUAUGACGAAAUUGGAGGAGCGACUGCAUGCUAUCUGGUACUGUAUACCGAUGGACGAUCAUUGUCGAACGUUCCAGCGGGCGGAAGAGAAGUUCUUCUCUGAGUGUAACACUGGGCUGGUUCCCGUCAUUGCGAUAUUUACCAAGUUCGAAGCUUUACGUCCAGUGGCGUUUGGAGAACUCAAAAAACAACUAAUUGGGUUGUCGAAAGAAGAGCGCUCGGAGAGGAUUGCCCAGCGUGUGGAAGAACUUUUCAUGAAUACAUGUGUCUGGGAUCGGUUGUGCGACCCUGGGAACCGUGCCCGUCCGAAGUGCUAUGUAUGCUUGGCGAAUAUGAACCGAGCAGAUACAAACUGUGACCUGCUAGUGGAAUGUACUACUUUUGCAUUGGACGACAAAGAAUUGCGGCUGUGUUUCUUGUCAACACAGCAGUCAAAUCUGGAACUUUGUAUCAAGUGUGCUGUCGAAACAAUUGUUGAUCAUGCACUGGCACAUCAGCAAUCUUUGCCGCUUCCAACUAAUGACGAAGACUACCAGUUCCACAUUGCUAAGUGGUUUCCAUAUCUCAAUGUAAGAUGA